ACUCGCUAACAAGUGGACCCACUCUUUUCCCCACUCCUCCUGUCCACUUGACCCGCUCCGCCUCUCCAUUAUCCACUCGACCCACUCCUCCUCUCCGCCGCCGGCAUCCCCUUCUCCUCCAUCGACGGUGACGACCUCCCUGGCGAACCACUCCUCCAUCGACAGCGACGGCCUCCCUGGCGAACCACUCCUCCAUCGACAGCGACGGCCUCCUAAGAGAAGUGAGAUGGCUGGCUUGGAAGGUUUCGAGUUCUUCGAGAUCGUAACUGAGAAAUCUUGCAGUAGGCAGAGGUUGCCUGACAAGUUUGCGAAGAUGCUCGCCGGCCGUGAGCCCCACAAAGUGAAGCUGCGGGAGGCCGGCAGCGGGCUUCACAGGAUGUGGGAAGUGUUGGUGGUGUUUGAUGGUGAAGGCCACAUGUACUUAUGGCCCGGCUGGGAGCAUUUCGCCCGUGCACAUGAGCUACAGCUCGAGUACUUCCUUGUCUUCCGCUACGACGGCGACACCAUGUUCACCGUGAAGAUGUUCGACAACACCAUGUGCCGCAUGUACUACCAGCACGACAACGAUGCCAGCAAUGGGAGCAGCAGCGGGGAUGACGAGGAGCAGAGCAGGGAUGACGACGAGGAGCAGAGCAGGAAUGACGAGCAGAGCGGGGAUGACGAGGAGCAGAGCGGGGAUGACGAGGAGCAGCCUAUUCUGGCUGACGACGACCCUGCUAUGGUGGUGGCGGAUGACGACCUUGCUAUGGUGGUGGCGGACGACGACCUCGCUAUGGUGGUGGCGGACGACGACCUCGCGAUGGUGGUGGUGGACGAUGACCUUGCUAUGGUGGUGGCGGACGACGACCUCGCGAUGGUGGCGGCGCCUGCAAUCCCAUAGCUUGGCGAGAGGACCAUGCCAAUUGUGGUAGAGGAGUACAUCCGCGUUGGGAUUCACCACUCUGAGCGCAUCAGGUUGAUGAAGGAGAAGAAGGAGGACUGAAGAUGUUAAGAAGGUGUUCAGCAUGUUAGGUUUAAGCUUGUUAGUGUAAUAUGAACAUGGCAAUGUUAAGUAUGUCAGGUUUAAUUUUGUGCAUGCUCAUGUAUGUUGUAUGACAGUGUCAUCUAAACAAGUCAUGUUUUUAACAAUGAAUAUUCAGUUUGGUAAUUGAUGGGAAUUGAAUUUUUU